UUUUUUUACUUUUAUUGCAUAACUAAUAAUGGGAAAAGGAAGCAUAGCAAGAGUUCUCGGCCAAACUGUAAAUGCAUUCACUAGCCAGAUCAAGUCAUUUGACAUGUAUCGAAAGACAAUUUCAUUUACUUUCAAUGGAGAAGAAGAGUUCAAGACACUUAUUGGAGGAAUUAUAUCCUUGGUCAUUAAAGUAGCUAUAAUAAUGUACUCCUACAUGAUGCUAAGGAUCACGAUAGACACAAAAGACACUCAGAAGAGCGUCAACACCAUUAUUUCAGGUACAACUUUCAUCCAAUCCUAUAUAUCCUGAACUACAUCAACCCUGUGUUCAUAAAUGUCUCUGACUUCCAAUUCGCAGUCCAGGUUACAUCUUACUCUAAACUUAUCAAACCGAGUUUAUUUAUUUUACUUUCAUAUUGAACCCCUCCUAAAGAUUUGCGAACAAAUUGGUUUUUAGGUACUGACUUUUGAAACAAGUCUGGAUCGGUAGCUUCAAUUUAGGCGUAGAAAUAGGACUGACACUAUUUUAAAAUUGGAAGUGGAAUUGGAAUUGUGGCAACGAUGGAUGCUAUAGUGGGGUUAAUCAUCUUUUG